AUGGCGCCCCUAAAUCCUACAUCUCAGGAAGCAAUCAGCAGACUCCGCAACUACAUCCCCCCGCCAACCGUGUACAAUUCGGUCCCGCUAAGCAGACGGGCGGCGGUGCUGAUACUGCUCUUCGCCGAUGCCAAGGGUGACCUUAAGGUCGUUGUUACGAUCCGGGCUAAGACACUAAGUUCGUAUGCAGGAGAUGCUGCUUUGCCUGGUGGCCGAGCAGAUAACAUGGAAACAGCCUUCCAAACGGCACGUCGCGAGGCAAGUGAGGAGAUCGGCCUCCCCGACAUUAACCAAAAGCUUCCACCCCCAUUCAGCGUGGAGCAUCUCUGCGAGUUCCCGGCAAAUCUUGCCAAAACGGAGGUGGUUGUACGUCCCUGCGUUGCUCUCCUCCACAGCCAUGAUCUACACUCGGGGCUGAAUGCCGAUCCUGAGGUGUCACUUAUUCCUAUUUUGGAUGCAAGAGAGGUUGAGGCUGUUUUUACGGCGCCAUUCAAGGACUUUUUGAGCGAGAGUGGACAGAAUGGACAGAAUGGACAUGAAUGGUAUCGUGGGGCUUGGGGGAUGUGGCAUAAUUCACAAUGGAGAAUGCACCAGUUCUUUGUUCGUGAAAUUAGUGAACAUGGGGAAGAUCAUGUCUAUCGUAUCUUUGGCAUGACCGCUAGAAUUAUUGUCGAUGCAGCCCGUGUCGCAUACGCGCAGGAACCGGAAUUUGAACAUAACAGUCAUUUUGGAGACGAGGAGAUGAUCGCUCAGCUUUGUCAGUUGGGCCGAUUACAAGAAAAGGCAGCCAAACUUAGUUAG